AGCCAUUCCCUUAAUGCCGGCGCUCAUGGAAGGGAUUGUCGGCUGGAAUACUGUUGUCAUAAUAGAUGGGGAGUUCCUCCCGGCCCUACCCUUAGAAAUGCUUAAUAAAGGGGACCAUAAGAAAGGUAUGAACGUAAUGAUAGGCGACCCUCAGGACGAGGGCUCCUGGAUCUUGUGGUUUAGUGAGGACUCUGUGAAAUAUAGCCCACAAAACCCGGCGCCCAUUACCCAUAUGGAGGCCUACAACGAGUUAAGUAGGAUUUCCCGUAAGAUGUGGUCCAAAGAGCCCAUUGACGGGGAAAUGGUGUCUAAAGUAUACUUCACGGGUCUGUCUGACGAGACCCCACAAGAUAUACUCAGACAAACGAUAGGUGUGGCCAUCGGGGACUACCUGUUAAGCUGUCCGGGCAUACAGUUUGCGAAGACUUUAUACGAGAAUGAUGUGAACGAUAGCCGUGUCUAUCAGUACUACUAUAACUUCAAGUUAGGCCGACCUAGACUGUUAUGUUCCGAGUGGUCAGGUAGUUGUCAUUACGAUGACGUCCCCUCCGUAUUUGGAGUUCCCUUCUACCAGUCCGACCGUUUCUUAGACCGGGAACGGGAGGUAUCCGAGCAAAUGAUCGACAUAUUCGCUACUUUUGCCAAAACAGGUCAACCCCCGGCACAAGACGGCGCCGAUUGGGAGGCCUACUAUCGGUUGGAUAACCACACGAUUAGACCGUAUUAUGAGUUCACAAACGAACCAAAACCGGUCACUAAUUUCGGGACCGGACUUAAGGUCGUUGAGUGCGAGUACUUAUGGAAAAAGUAUAUCGAUCAGCAAUAAAUAAAAAUUAACCGGGUUAUUGUUAUAAAUAAAUUUCACCUGUCACCUGAAAUUAUAAAUUAAUAAUAAAUAUUUCUCUAACAAGUUUA